AUGGCCUCUGCAGGUCUCCAACUUCUUGCUUUCGUGCUGGCUUUAUCUGGAGUCUCUGGUGUGCUCACAGCGACUUUGCUGCCCAGCUGGAAGGUGACCGUGGAUGGGGGUGCCAACAUCAUCACAGCCAUCAUCCAGCUCCAGGGGCUGUGGAUGGACUGCACGUGGUACAGCACUGGGAUGUUCAGCUGCACCCUCAAGUACUCCACGCUGUCGCUCCCCGCCCAUGUGCAGGUGGCACGGGCCACGAUGGUGCUGGCCUGUGUGCUGUCUGCUCUAGGUGUCUGCGCUUCUGCCGUGGGAAUGAAAUGUACUAGAUUAGGAGGGACCAGAGAAACCAAGGCUCAGUCUUCUGUGGCUGGAGGAGUCUGCUUCCUGGCUGCAGGGAUCGCUGGCCUGAUACCAACAGUGUGGUACACAAAGGAGAUCAUAGCUGACUUCUGGGACCUGACAGUUCCAGAAAGCAACAAACUUGAGCCUGGAGGGGCUGUCUACAUUGGAUUUAUUUCAGCCAUCCUGCUGUUUAUCUCUGGUCUGAUUUUCUGCACUUCCUGUGUGAAAAAUAAUCCAGAAGCUUGGCUCCAUCCACCCAAGCAGCAACCUAUCUCCACCAAACAGCCAGAGGGCAAUUCAGUAUACAAUCUGAAGGAUUACGUGUGA